UUGUGCGUCGCGACGCCACCAGAACACCUGCCGCGCUCGGGCCAACCCCACGAUUUUGCGCUCUCUGAUCUCUCGAUAGCGAUCGAAAAGACAGACAACGGCCGAUCCAGCUGUGAGGGAGAGAAAGAAAGAGAGAGAGAAGUUUAGUUCUUUACUUUACGCAUAGUUUUUCGCCGAUUCUGUUUCUUUCUGAUCGGUGAGAAAGAUGUUCUCCAAGUCGAUUUCAGCAUCGAUCCUCUUGUUCAGCGUCGUCGGCGCGUUUCAUGUUGUGAGAGCAGCGAUUGACAACGAUCACCGACAGCAACAGUUAAUCAAUGAAGCUGCCAAUAUUUUGGCUUAUGAAGCGGGAGCGAAGACUUCAUUUGAAAUAUCUCGAGAACGUUAUCAACCAAUUACAGACUGCAUGUUUGUUACCUCGGAAAAUGGGCCGUUUUCCUAUAUAUCGCCGUCCGACAGUGAUGACGUUUGUGGAAUAUACUUUUUAACGGAUCCAGAUCGCACAAUAGAGGUUCAUUUCGAGAGCUUCGAUGUUCCCUGCGAUCAUCAUGGGCUUUUGGCGGUAGUUGACGGCUGGGAAUUAAACGGCGAAUUAUUUCCAAGCGAGGGCGACCAUUCGUUACCAAUAAAAGAAAGAGUGACAGAGUUUUGCGGUAAGAGCAGGUGGUAUCGAAGUAAGAAGAUCUUUACGAGCUCACAGAAUGCUGCGCUCCUCCAAUAUAGAAUACCUAUGCGUGGGAAAGGUUUCGUCGUAUCCGCGAGAUAUCCAAAAAAUCCAAGACCCUGCAACGUCCUAUCGGUGAGCACCACGGAUCCAUUCACGCUCCGCAAUUACGGCAGACGGAUUAAUUGCACUCUCAUAGCGAUAUAUCCCGGUAUCGUGCAGGUGAUCGCGCUCGGGGUCGGCGGCACCAACUUGCACGGCGUCUCUCGCAUGACGGAAACCGGCACUCUACAUAAAUGCGAUACGAAGAGUCCGCAGGAUCAAGUACAAAUCGGAGGCAGUCGUAAUUUGGAUACAACAAAGCUCGACGUAAUCGAUUCCAUCUGCGGCAUCGACUCCAAACCGGAUAUAAAAGAGUCUGUGCCGUACGAUGUGACAAUCGUACGACUAAUAUCGAGCGGUUACUGCGAUAAUUCGGUGACGGUGGCAAUAAGAUCAAUUAUAGACAACGAUAUGCUGGAGAUCGCUUCUGGUCUUUAAACAAUUGCUUCGUACAGUUUCAUCUCGUUCGCAUUUACUAUGUAUCUAUUCUUGACGUUUAUCUUUGAACGAGCGAGCGCAACACUAACACAAUGGGAGGGAUCGUUGCAUAGAAUGUAUCCCAUCGCCGUAUUUUAGCUUAUACAGAUCGUAUAUUUGUGUUGCAUGUUAAAUGGGUGUCGCAUACGCACGAAUGAGAAGAGACGAGUUCUAUCUAAGACUGAUUAUUCUAAUUAUUCUUUUUUUCAUAUUCUCCUAUCGAACAUAUUCUAAUAUUUCAUCUACUUCAUAAACGAACUUUUACUUCUAUACCACUUCUAUAUAGCUGUGAAAGUAAAAAGAUUUAUGAGAUUAAUUUCGGAUACUUUUCGAUUCGACGCUUUUAAUAGAAAAGUAAAAGAUAAUAUAUAGUAAGUGUGAAGUGUGUGUAAACAUUUAUUUGAAACAUCUUCAUAAUGGUGUUAUUAAUUGCGAUUAGCGUAAUAUUGGAAUAAUUUUUGAUGAUAAAAUUAAUACAAUCUUUA